AUGAAUCGUGUAGACGUCAAGAGGCGAAAUGUCGACCAUCGCAAAACUCAGUUUGCAGAUCCUUCAUACAAGGAGACGCAGUACCCUUACCGUCUAAACUUCUACUCGACCCCGCCAACCGCAGACAUCACUCUCGAGCAGUUUGAACAAUGGGCUAUCGACCGGCUGCGGAUCCUUGCCGAGCUCGAGGCCUGCUCGUUCCGCAACAAGACGCCCGCCGAGACGGCCGCGCACAUGAAGCCGCUGCUCGACAAGUACCUCCCGCUCGACGCCAACAGCUCGCGCGACCCCAAGCUGGCCGCCCAGCGCCAAAAGGACCACUACAGCCACUUCAUCCUGCGCCUGGCCUUUGCGUCGACCGAGGACCUGCGCCGCCGCUUCGCCCGCGUCGAGACGAUGCUGUUCCGCCUGCGCUUCCAGGCCGACGACACGCGCGAGCGCGCCGAGUUUGUGCGCACCCUCAACCUCGACUGGGACCCCGUGUCGGAUGACGAAAAGCGCGAGUUGGCCCCCCAACUGGCAACCACGGUAGGGUUUGGCUCCUCCAGGAAGGCGGCGCAGCAGGUCAUGGACGAGGACUGGUGCAAGGUCGAGUGGGUUCGCGUGCCGGACCUGGUUGACGGCCGCAAGGUGUUUCUCAAGGCGGGCAAGGCUUACGUGCCGGGGCGAGAGCAGCAGAGUAUGGUGCUGAACGAGUUUACCUCCCGGUUAGAACGGGCGCUGGAGCUCACUGCCCGCGCCCUGCCCCGGUUAGACGAAGACGACCGCCUAACGCCCAUCCUCAAUCACCUCUCAAAGAACUUCAUCGCCCCGGAGUCGAGCUACACCGGCACGGGGGCCGCCAUUGAAGGGGCCGAGAUGUCUGCUCGCAACAUUGACAAUCUGUCGCAGCACUACCCGAUGUGCAUGGCGCACCUGCACCGCACGCUGCGGCGGGACGCGCACCUCAAGCACUUUGGCCGGCUGCAGUACAGCCUCUUCCUCAAGGGCAUCGGGCUGAACCUGGAGGAGUGCCUGGUGUUUUGGCGGUCCAGCUUCAGCAAAAUCACCGACGACACCUUCAACAAGGAGUAUCGCUACAACGUGCGGCACGUGUACGGGGAUGUGGGCAGCGACUCGAACCGCCGCAGCGGGGGGUACAGCCCCUACAGCUGCCAAAAGAUCCUCACCGAGCACCCGCCCGGCCCGGGGGAGGCACACGGUUGUCCAUACAGGCACUUCAAUAUGGAGAACCUGGCGGCCCUGCUCCAGGCCUCGGGAGUGACAGACCGGGCUGUGCUGCAGGGUGUCAAGGAGGACAAGGAGAGUCAGAAGUUCCAUAUGGCGUGUAACCGGGUCUUUGAACACCUCCACAAGGCGGAGCUGAAGCGCGCAAAGGAUGAGGGUAUCAUGACGGCCGCCCAGCUCGAGACCAUUGUGCACCCCAACGAAUAUUUUAAGCGAAGCUACCUGCUCAAGAAUUUGAACAAACAAAAGGGGGGUGGGACAGAUGUCAAGAUGGAGGGGUGA